UUGGAUACGAAAAAUUUGCAUACUAUGGAGCAAAUGGCUCGCUCUCCUUUCCUACUCGCUUCAUUAUUCUCUUGCGACUUGUGUUGCUUCGCUUCCAUUCCGAUUCUGAGCUAUUGGAUACGAAAAAUUUGGAACAUGAAGCUUAUGCACUUCAACACAAGACUUCUCCUCUGUUUCCAUCUGUUCUGGUUAUUGGUGCAUGUGAUCGGAAGAUCCGUUCUACACACAACGGAUAUUAUUACAUACUUAACGCCUUUCCAAAAUGGUUGCCAAAUUCUGCACACGAGAGCUGGAUGUUUUUUUCUACGUCUUCCAUUCAACGUUGCCUUGGUGAUUUCGAAUUGUUCGGCGAUUUUUGUAUCAAUUGAACGUCUCAUAGCCACUUUGAAAACAAAAACAUAUGAGCAUGGAUACAAAAACAUCGGUUAUACUUUGAUGCUUCUGCAGGUAGACUUAUCAAAAAUCAUCAUUUCACAUCAUGCCUCAUAUAUUAUAUUAUUCUACAUUGCCUUUUGCGAUAUUACGGCCCUAAAGCUGUUUCCUCUCCUAGCCGUUUUCCUAAAGACAACAGUCACUACUAGAAGCGCCUUUUUGAAGCGUGAAGGAAACAAAGGUUGA